AUGGCAAAAAUUUGGCUUUCAAGUAAUCUAAUCCUAUCGUUGCUGCUAGAGUUUCUUUUAGUAGGUUAUCAAAUACAAAAUACAAAUGGAGCGAUAUCAUCUCAGGGAAUCAAUAAUCGGGCACUAUCACACAAUCAAACAUUGUCACCGUCAAUUAGCUGGAAUAAGUUAAAAUUUCGCUUCGUUCGAUGCCGACAUGAUCCUAGUAAGCAAUAUUGUUCAAACUACGCAAUAAUGCUGGUUAAUAAUUUCCCAAACGACGGCAAAAUGGCUGCCAAUGUCCUCAAGCUCUAUAAUAAAUUAGUCCACAAUGGAUUUCGUUCCAGUAAUAUUCGAGUCUUUUAUGGCAAUGGUAGCAUACCUAUAGAAUAUUCUGAUAUUCCAACCUUUGGAAAUAUGCGAUUAUAUCCAGCAACCUCAACUUAUAAGCGUCCAUUUCUCCGUUUGAUAAAACAAAUGUGUAGUUGUAAGAUUCGAUCAGGCCUUAUUUACGUUAGCAAUCCCACCUCAAAAGACGGUAGCAUUUUGCUACCAAAGCCAUCAGACAAACAAACUAUUGCAGGGAAAAUGAGACGCGUUAAACUUUCAGCUAAUGCAUUUGGAGUUGCCCUCCUUGAUUGCCAAGCCAAAGAUAUGCAUAUUAUUGCCGAUCAAAGAUUAAAAAUUCCGGACGUUGUCCAUGAAGAAUACUAUGAAAGGAAUAACACACGAUUUUAUAAUGUGACUUACAUUGGUUCCUUGUAUUAUAAUGAAGAUUGUGUUCGAGGCGAUAUGACAAAAAGACUGAUCAAAGUUGACUGGAGAUAUUGCAACGAUCAAGUAGUUAAGUUUAUGAAAAAUCCCAUGUAUAGCCUGAGAGAUAAAUGCCAGCCGGCAAUUUAUCGAGAUUGGAGGAGGAAAAUUCCAAACAGAACUCUCUUUGGCUCCCGUUGUGGGAAGCAUCGCACAUCUAGCAGUGAACUUAUCCCAGCAAUGUGGUGUUAA